AUGAAUUCUGCCCUCACACUUGUCUCCUUCCACUCUCCCUCUCUCAACCCAAAACAGCGCCUCUUGUCCCGGCGACACAAGAUAAGCGCCAAGUCGGGGAAGAGCCAACAAUGUUCGCCAAAGCCCAUACGAUCAAUACCAGGGCCAAAAGCAACCAGGGGUCUCAACAAAGCUUUCCAUGGAGAUGGAGAUAAUGCCUUACCAUCUUCCCCCCUGACAGAUGUGAUUCACGAGUUCUAUUCCUCCCUCAAUGACAAGGACAUCGCACGGCUCAUGGAGCUGAUUGACCCUGACUGCACCGUCGAGCACGCUUCCUAUUACAAACCACUUAACUUCAAGAAGACGAUGACCUACUUCGCAAGGCUCAUGGGAUCCAUGGGGGAGAAUGCCAAAUUUGCCAUCGAUGAGAUUUGUCAAGGAGUAGAACCCACUGCUGCCGUGGUAUUGUGGCACCUUGAGUGGAAAGGUAAGAUCAUCCCAUUUACCCAAGGCCUUAGUUUCUGCACGUGUUCAGCAAAUGGAGACGAGCUUCUUAUCAGGAAAGUUCAUAUCUUCAAUGAGUCACCUGUGAAACAAGGAAACCAGGCACUGGACAUACUUCAUUCCGUUGCCUAUUCGUUCGACAAAAAUCCAGAAUCAGCUGAAAAAAUUCUACAGGACACAAAAGGGCUUGGGUCCUUUGUCAAGCUUUACGAGCUCUGCAUGGAGCUUACCGCGCGUCUUUUCAGAUUUGUGGCGGGUGGAUUGAUUACGGGACUCCUCAUUUUGUAUAGCAUAUGCAAGGAGUUCAUGUAAGGAGGCAAUACCACAGGAAAUCCCACAUUUUCAGAAGAAUAGCAGUUCUCAAAGAUACCCUGGUUUAUUUCCCGAGGCUCAUCCUAUUCUUGCUCCUGUGAAACAAAAAACGGUGUCAUUUCAGUCUUAAAAGAAAAUGGCUGUCGGUGUUUGUAGGAAUGUGUAUUGUUGUAAGAAAGACAGGAAGUACUGAGCAAUGCUACUAUCACAUUCUAAUA